UCUUACAUCUCUCUCCAAGGUUGUUCUAAAUUAAGACAAAAGAUCUUCUUUAAGACAAAAGGCUUAGAAGGACAAUUAGAAAGAAAAAGACAAUUAGAAAGAGGAAGAAGGAAGCCAAGAGAAAAAGGGAGAAAGGCAAAGCACUUGAGAAGUGUUAUUUUGCCUAGAAGCCAAUUGAAUUCUUUAGAAAUAUUCAGCAUCAAGAAUCAAGUUCUUUCGGAGUUAGAAUCUUAAAGCAAGUUCCUGUGUGGAUUAACGUUGGAGGGCGAACACUUGGGCGCCUAGUGAAAAUUCUGAAUUUUGGAAUUAGCGUUUCAGGCCAGCCGAUAAGAACACAUCACAAGAUCCCUUAGGCCAUAGCUGACCUCAAGAAACAAAAGGGUCAUGUGAACACCCCACAAGAGGGGCAUGCGAGGGCCGGCCCACAGCCCAAAGGGUAAUUGCAAUGCCUUAGCCUAAAAGAAAUGGCAAGCCUGCACCCUUUGCUUUCACCUUUUUAUUUCCUCUCUUCUCUCUCUCUUCCCUCCACUUGUCCCCCCUUCAAAAAUCCCAACCUCCCCUUAUAAAUCUCCACCUCCUCCCCCUUCUUUCCUCCACGGAAGUGAAAGGAGUCCAUGGCCCAACAGCAGCAAGAGAAGUGGGUGACCUUCGACGAAGAAGAGGAGGCCCUUUCGCUCUCCGACUUUCCGGUGAUCGCCGACGGAGCUAAACAUGAGGAGAAAAGAAAGCCUUCUCCCGACCCCGUCGAGGACUUCGAGUUCCGGGUAUCGGUAGGAGGGGGCCUUCUCUCCAAGGCGGCGGAGACCGACAUGUGUGCUGCUGAUGAAGUCUUCUUCCAGGGCCAAAUCCUGCCACUAAGGCCCUCCGUUAGCUCCGACAGCAGCCUCUUCAGCACCAGCCGGUGCGCAUCGAGGUCGGAGUCCAUGGACCGAUACUCCUCGGCCAUUUCCAGCCUAGGAUCUUGUGAAAGCAGCCGGAGCAACAGCAGCAGCAGUACAAGCAGCAACAGCGUCAGCAGAAGCCACUCAUCCAGCAGUCGCUCCAGCAUCAUCUGCGAUCCACCCCGGGCAUCAGUAUCCAAUAACUUCUACACCCACCCGAGCCCGACGCCACAAGUUCGCAUCGUCGGGGGGCGGAGGAGUGCAGGUCGGAGGAGCAUCAGCUCAUCAGCACCUGGGUGGGGAAUCCUUCGGUUGGGCGUGGUCAAGACUCCCGAGAUCGAGUUGUACGACUUGCGGUCUCGAAGAUCCAGCAGUGGCGGCGUGAACAACCACCCCAAGAGGAUCAAUGGCGACGCCGAGCAUCGGAAGAAGGUUUCGGAAGCCAACGAUGGCAGCAGGAGUGCUGCAUGUACUCAUGAUGCUGAUGGCAAAAGGAAAGGUGAGGAAAAAGUGGAAAAGAAGGUGCAGUGGCUUAUGGGACGUGGGUUCGGGUGCAAGUGCUCGCUGGAUUCGGUGGAGAUAAUUUCUUCCAAGGUAGUGAUUGCAAAGAAGAAAAAGGAGGAGGGGGAGGGCUUGAAAAGGGGUGAAAGCAUGUGCCGCAGUAGGAUUUUUGAAUGGUUGGAGGACCUUUCUGUAACAAAGGCCACAGGGAAUUAAUAGGAGGAAGAGGAAGAGGAUGUAGUUGGGGUGGAAAGAGGAUGGUUUUGACUUGUCCAUCAUUUGAGUCCUGAGUUCUUUCCUUUUGUUCUGUGAUGGUUUCUUUCUUUCUAGGGGGUUUAAAUGGGUGGGUAUGCUCUGCUUUAUGGAGCUUUUGUUUUGUUUUUUUUUUUUCUUGUUUCUUUUCCUGCUCUCUGACAUGUUUCUUGUGGGGAGAUGGUAUGGUGGGUUGGAGGUCAUGAUAAGGCCGUGAACUUUAUACGGCGCACUGAUGGUGGUGGUGGUGGUGGUGGAAAUGGCAAUGUACAAUUUGGUUGGUUAAGGUACAUAAGUUCAAUGGUCUCUCUCAAAUGUUGAUGAGUUCA